AUGAGUGUACGUGGUAACACUACGGUGAUGGCGAACAGAAUAUUUAAAACUAGAAGAUUGAUGACUAUGGUCACAACUUUGUCAUUGAUGGCAAUAUUGAUUAUUGUUUCUUUUUCAGCACAUAGUCAUAUCAAAAGUAAUAACCCUGAAUUAUACGAGCAAAAUAGUCAAAAGUUGAAGAAUGUGCUCGAGAGUGUGACAAACAAGUUCUAUAGCGACAAAACUGACUAUGAGAUGGAAGAGGAGGCGGAAGCAGAGGAGGCAGAGCAAGCACAGAAAGAAGCACAAGAUAAACAGAGUGGGCAACCGGGUCAAUCCGGCAAAGAACUUGCUGAUGCUGCAGCCGGCGAAGUAAAGGAUCAACAGGGAACUGAUAAGGACGAGGAACAGAACCAGAAUCAGGCUACAAACCCAGACGAGAAAAAAGAACAAGCUGCGGACGAUAGCGAAUCCCGAAAUGGUGUGUUUCUAAUCUAG